AUGCCACCGAGGAUCGCCAAUGAGCAGGCUGCUCCUAAGCCCAAGGGCACUGCAAAGGGCAAAAAAAAGAAUGGUAAUCCUGGAAGUAGAGCAGCAAAGGCCAUUGCAGGACCGCCGAGUGGUCCCACUUCGGCAGCAAAUGAUGUCACCAGUGAUCUACAGAAACACGUGGAGGAGCUGCAAGCCCAGCUAGCAGAGCAGAAAUCCUUGCGUGAAGCGGCUGAGCUUCACGCAAAAACCAGUAAUGCUGUACAGGUCAAAGAGAAGACAUUGAUACCGAAGCCGCCCGGCUCUGCUGGUGCAGGCUUCAACCUGCAGGUCGAGAUGGGGCUGGAGGACAAUGACGCACAGUACCAAGCAAUCCUACGCAUCAUGCUGCAGACGUUCCCGAUGAUGAGAGACUUCGUCAACGACUGGCCGACAGCUGAGAUCAUCAAGCAGUAUAUGCGCAAUAAGCGCAAAUAUGCUGUUGGCACAGGAACGCUGGAGCCGCGCAAUGUGCGGAUGAAGGGGAUGCCUGGAGCCAAUGUCGGCGGGUCACGCAAGAAGGGUGGUACCUCGAACAUGGCCAUGGGUCAGAGCUCAGCAAGUGGCGAGGAGGAGAACGAAUCAGUCGAGGUCGACAGGGGUGACAGAGCAGGGGAAGAGGAACAUGCGAACUGA